AUUAUUUAUUUUGCAGAGACGACCUCGCUCUUCGCUUCCGGGUCAACGCAGGAUUCUCAUAACAAGCUAUCAGGCUAGGAGCUAGAGCAGUGUGUAGCCUCAUCCUCCGCCACUAAACGGACUACUUUCUCCUCCAGUCCUCCCAUCAUGUCGGACACGGAGACUAAACCGUCCAGCCACGACGGAGACGGAGGGGAUAAGAAGGAGGGAGAUUACAUCAAGCUGAAGGUCAUCGGACAGGACAACAGUGAAAUCCACUUCAAGGUGAAGAUGACCACGCAUCUAAAGAAGCUCAAGGAAUCCUACAGCCAGAGACAGGGAGUCCCUAUGAACACGCUACGGUUCCUCUUCGAAGGCCAGAGGAUCACAGACAACCAGACUCCUAAAGAGCUGGGGAUGGAAGAUGAAGACGUGAUUGAAGUGUAUCAAGAACAGACGGGCGGACUUUGUAACAACUGAAACCUCCACAGCAUAUUCAUAUUUUUUAUUUUAUUCUUUAUAUUUGUUUUAUAUGGUUAUCUUACCCUUUCCUCUCAUUUCAAACCAUCUGGAUCCAAUGUGACGAGGCUAGGGGUGAAUUAAAGAAAAAGGAUGAGUUCAUUCAUUCAUUCGUUCAUUGGUUCAUCUCAGCUCCUGGACCUCGUAGAUUCAUCACCCUUUCAUUCGGCCUUCUGGAAUCAGAGGAGACAUCAGAAACAAAGUGAUAUUCUUGCCUCAUGAUCUUUGAGUCUCAACAUUAAAAAGCGGAAUGCACGGAGUCGGCCUCCAGCGCUGCCUGGCUCAGAGGCCCUAGGGCAGAGGGCUUCGCCCCCACGGCUUGGUACCUCACAGCGCUGAUCAUGUUCCUACUACAUCUCAACUCAACCUCCCCUCACCAGAGACCAUCUGUGGUGAGACGGCGCCUAUUGAGCCAUUUUCUGAUUGGCUCGGAUUUCGUGCCAUGUCACUGCAGCCAAUCAGAAAGGCUCGUUGUACGAUCGGUGUUUGAGGUUUGAUUCCAGCGAUGACUUAUUUUAUGGAUGCAAAAAAACACAAAUUCUUGUACAAUUUCGCAACCUGUUAUUGCAUUUUUUUGAAUAUAGAUGACGCGUGUGGUGUGCUAAUACGUUUGUGUUCACGAUAUUUGAGCAAUACGCCCCUAAUGUAUAUCUUAAAACAACCUCUUUUGUAACUUACUCUGAAGAGGCUUGCUCCAAAUUUAGGAAUCACGAUUUAGGGGCCACUCACACUAGGGCCAUGGCCCCGUGCCCGAGCUCAUUUGCAUACUAAAGUCUAGAACGUUUGGCUAGUGUGACCACGCCAUCCGUAUUCCAGCACGGAACAGCCCUUUGGCCAUGGCAAACUGGGGAGAGGUGUGCCGUGGCCAAAGUACAGAUGCUAAUGAGAUUACACGUGCGGAUGCGCAACGUGAGCUGGAUGACGUAGUCCUUGCACGACCCUUCUUUCUUUAUAGGUCCAUGCCCUUCUUCCCCUCAACAAUCAUUUUAAACAAUGGCACCAAGCGCUUCACGAGUGGCUUUACGUUGGUGCGAUAGUGAAGUCGAGUGUUUACUUGAAAUUUGGGCCGACGACAGCAUUCAGUCGUAGCUGGACACCACGCUUGGUGAUGACGUAUUUAUCGUAUUACGACAUGAUGACGUAUGUAUGAAGGAGCAAUCGUGCCCAGGCCACGGCCUUCGGGAGCAGUGUGACCAUGGGCCAGCGGGGGGAGUGGGGAGGGGGGGAAUCGUGCUGAAUCUUCCUGCAGCACGGAACAGGCCAACGACCCUAGUGUGAGUGGCCCCUUACAGUUUAGGGUUCUACGACAGAGGAACCAAACUCCAUGGCGUUCCGAACCGUCGUGGAGGUUUGGGGACUUUGCUUUGCAUUCAGAUUUUCUCAGGUUUUAUUAGGAUGAUUAUCGUUAUAAUUAUAAUCAUAAUUGUUAUCACAUGGGUGAAUCGCAUCAGGAGGAAGGGACCCCGGAUUGGGCAGCUUUUUCGAAGUACAGGUUCCCUACUCCCUACUCUUUUGCCUCAUAACCCCUAGCUCCUACUCCCUUACCCCCUAGUUCCUACUUGGGCCUCUUUGACUGGAACCCCCUUUUUAAAUAGCUGGGGAAAAGGUAUAAAGGGGUCAAACCGCCAGACGUCGAUCCAACCAGGCUUUAGUUUGGUUUUGGUUAUCUUUGAUUCAAACGUGAUAUUGUUCUUGGGUUUGAUUUUCUGAAGUGCCUGUUAGUGUUUAGGUACGACCCAUCUCCCACGCCGCCCCCUUCCUUACCUGUCCUACCCCAGCUGCCCCGUCCUACCCCGUCCUACCCCAGCCCAGCGGAGGUUCAGAAGUUAAGAGCCCCCCAAAGAGCCCCAGCAGCAGACCUGAGACCAGCCCAGCAUGAUGUAGUGUGGAGGUUCAACCGGUAGACCCCCAACAACCCCUAACUAGACUAGGGGCCGGGCAAAUUGAAGUCAGGGGGGGAUUUUUGAUUUUGGUCCCUCCCUGAUGGCCAGUCGUCCAUCGUUUCAGUGAAAGCAAAAUUAAAAAUUUAAUUGAGAGAUUUCGUCCAUUUCAAAUUGAGUUAUUGAUGUGUUUCAGGCGGUUUUGAUCGAUGUGUCCCCCCCCCCCCCUUUAAAGUAGUAGGUCGGCCCGUGUUCGACCGGGCUGGGAGGCAUGGUCUUUCUCUGGUCCUCCCCUCAGCAGAGGGUUGAUGCAGAUGGUUUGAAAUGACGCUGGUUCUUUUGCCCUUUUUGAAUAAAAUGUUAAGAAAAAUUAA